AUGGCAAAGGCGCAAAAGACAAGCUACGCGGAGACGGCGCCAUCCGCCAUGGGGAGAGCACCGGCGGUGGCAAGCACGAAGCUGACUGAUCAGUUGUCCCCGAAUCGUGGCAAUGCCUUGAAGGUCACGAGUCUGGAGGAUGGCAACAUUCGCGGAGGCUACUGGGUUCUCAACCAGGAUGGCGAAGGUGCCACAAUCGUCUUUUGCUAUAAGAACAGCGAUGGUGGCAUCUUCGGUCUCACUGUCGGUCACCUUUUUCAAAAUGUUGGUGACUCUGUGUUCGUGUUUUUGCGCAAUCAUCCAACCCCUGCGCCUGUCCCUGGGUACGUCAGGUCCUGCGCGGCGUGGGAUGAAAUGGACUAUGAACUGAUUGAAGUUGGUGGGGUCGUCUCCUUAGACGAAGAGACUGACUCUGCUGUUUUCGAGGUGAAUGAUGCUCAUAUCAAAGGGAGAGUUGAUUUGCUCAAGCUCUUGCGCCGAUCAGGUCGGGGGGAUCGUGAUUUGGUAUUGCCGCGUCCAUGUUUGAAUCCGUUGCCUCCGGGAAGACAAGAUUUCUUGGAAGACGAAUCCGAUGGUGAUGGAAGAGCCGCAAUGGACAAGAAACCAGCAGCAAAGGCAGCACCGGACCCAAAUUCCAAACCAUUCGACCGUGUUGACGACGCAAUGGAAGUUGAUAUCGGUUUUGAGCUGGAAUCAGGUUGCACUGCAUCUGCAACAGACGAUGGAGACUGUGGCGCGCUUCUUUUGGAUGCCAACGAUAGCUCCCCUCUAGCUAUGCAUCAUGCUCUUGUGCGAUACCCAUGGCCUGGAUAUAACAAACCAGUUGAGUACGGGUCUUUUGGGGUUCCUUUGGCUCCCAUCAUGGCCAAACAUCCGGAUCAGUUCGACAAGGAAAUGUACGGGGAGCUUGAGACAGCUUCUGAUUCAAUGGAUGGAGGUGGACGGCUGAGCGUUUCGGGCUCUGUGCGGGAUGGGCUUCGCCAGGGAGCAGUCACUAACACAAGUCAUCAGAUCAAGACAUCCCCAGUCAAGAUUGUCACUGGGAAUGUCGAUGAGCUUCUUGCCGCUCGAGAAAAAAGCCAAGAUGGAACCUGA